CAUGUUCUCAAGCUUCUCCCAACAUAUCAGCAAACCCGUUUGGUUAUAUCCAGUCUUUAGUGCUCUCCUCUCUGUUUUUCCGGCUAUCUAUUGAUAUCUCAUUGUAUGAUGUCUUCGACAAAACACUCCUCAGAGAUUGCAACGGAUUCCGUGGAUUCGACGGCGGGAAGCGACCCCGAGAAGGCAGCUCCAACCAGCAUUGAACAGAACGACACUGACCUCGACCACAUUGGUGAGCUCGAAGGAUACGUUUUAGAUGCGCAAGCAGGCGAUGCUUCGUCGCGGCAUCUGAAAACCACGAAGGACGGCUCCACAAUUUUGAUUCCCCAGCCAAGCUCAGAUCCCAACGACCCGUUGAACUGGAGUCAAAAUAGGAAAAAUGUGAUUCUCGCAGUCAUAUCAUUUACUGCCUUCCUCCCUGACUACGGAUCAGCUACUGGCGCAGUGACGCUGAUACCACAAGCGGCUAUCUGGGGAAUGACAGAAGAUGAGGUAAAUCAUUCCCAGGUUGGCAAUGUCUUUAUGCUUGGCGCAGGCGGUGUUGUUGCCGUAGCCCUGUCUGCCUAUUUUGGGAGAUACCCAGUGCUGUUCUGGUUCACUGUCCUCGCACUCGCAACUUCAACUUGGUGUGCUGCCGCUGCCACCUUCGAGUCUUUUAUGGCAGCACGAAUCCUAUAUGGAUUUUUCAGCACCGUGGCACAAGGGGGUGGUUUGAUGUUCAUUAAAGACAUGUUUUACUUCCACGAGCAUGCCCGCAAAAUCAACGUUUGGGCAGCAUUCAUCAUCCUAUCGCCCUACUUCGGACCCUUAUUUGCUGCCUUCAUUAUUUCGACUCAAAAUUGGCAGUGGGCUUUUGGUGUGUAUACCAUUGAGACAGGUCUAUGCCUCAUAGCCAUCAUUUUGUUUGUGGACGAGACCUACUACGAUCGCCACAUCCCUCUAGAGUCUCAACCGCCGCGCGGUUCAAGGAUGAUGCGUAUGAUCGGCGUGUCCCAGUGGAAAAGCAGGAAUCUCCGCAAUACUUUUGGUCAAGCCAUGUCGCGGCCUUUUAUUGUGCUUUCAAAGCUUCCUGUCGCCAUUGCUUCCUUCUACUACUUGAUCACAUUCGCAUGGGUUGUCGGAAUCAAUACAACACUUGCUAUCUUCCUGACCCCUCUCUACAAUUUCGGGCCAAGACAGAUUGGCUUCUUCUAUUUUACACCAGUCGUUGCUGCCACGUUAGGAGAGUUGGUUGGCCAUUGGCUUCACGAUCUGGUCGCGCGUUGGUAUAUGCUCCGUCACAAAGGCCGUCUUGAAUCGGAGUCACGUCUCGCAGUCAUUUGGCUCAGCACGCCGUUUAUGCUGGCUGGCCUCGUGCUACUUGGGUUCGCCCUUGAAAGAGGAUACCACUACAUGAUCGCCUCGCUUGGUUGGGGAUUGUACGUCUUUGGUAUUAUGAUUACAACCGUGGGCUUGAAUGCGUAUGUGCUUGACAGUUAUCCAGAGGCCUCUGGGGAAGUGGCGUCGUGGUUGAAUUUUGCACGAACAGCUGGCGGCUUCAUUAUAUCGUAUUUCCAGGUUACCUGGGCAAAUACGAAAGGCACGGAGCAGUCUAUGGGAGUGCAGGCGGCAAUUUGUGCCGCUGGACUUGGGCUUAUUAUAGUGCUGCAGAUUUUCGGAAAGAGAUUAAGGAUUUGGAGUGGACCGUCUCAUUUCAAGACAAAUUAGAACGGUCUCACUCCCGGGCAUAUUUUGCCCCUU